AUGAAGGUCGCCUGUCGCGUCGUCUUCUGUCUCGUUUCUCUCUUUUUUCUUUCCUCUCUUUCUUCUCUUCCCUUCUCUUCUCUCUUGCUGGUUGAGGGAGCGAGUUCACAGGCACCCCCUGCCACCCAAAAAGGAAAUUCGUCCAGCCCGCCUCGCACGGCUGCAGACGACAAGGCAACCGUGCACAAAGUGGGGCGUGAACUCGACGAAGAGGACGAGACUUUCCUUCGAGAAGAAUUCAUGGAAUACGACACUAACGGAGACGGGAUGCUGGAUGCGUACGAGGUUCGAAUCACCCAUCCGGAGAUUGGGAACCAGGAACUCUUUUCUUUCUUCCGUUCCGUUGAUGCAAAUCAAGACGGACUCCUGACUCUACGUGAAUAUCGCGAAUACGUGGCGGCGUCCAUUUAA